UGUACUGUGCUGUAGUACGGUAAUUAUCUCCGCUCUAUUCUGAGCUUCUUACUCUAUCAGCACUCGCACGUGCCCUGUACCGUGCCCCUAUCCCCUUCUUCGAUAAACCUUCCUCACCUAUUUUUGAAACUGCAGACCUCACUUCCGCAUCUUGGGCGUACUGUACAGUAAAUUACCUGCAAGGUCGGGUUUUUUAUUUUUACCGGCACACAUUUAUUAUCUUGUGUCUGCCCUUCCCGCACUUUCGUUCUACGGUACGAGUAUGGUACGGUACAAGUAUGAUACACCUUCUUUCCUUUUUUUUUCUUUUCCUUUUUUUCUUUUCUUAUUCCUUUUCUGCACGUUGUGUUGUGCAGCCAGCUUAAUCGUGUAGCUUUAGCACCUGAGACAUAGUUCGCUGGUUCCGCCAGCCAGCUAACUAGCCAGCCUUCGCGAUUUUCCUCUGCUCGUAAGAUAUUUCAACGGGGCACGCUUGGGAUAAAGGAGAGAAUUAAUACCGGUAUCCCCCCCUUCGUGUUCUUCUCCCGAAUUAUCACGAGUUGGCGGGGUACACCAUCUCCUGGCUUGAUCUUAUCCAAGACCAUUGUUUCCGAAAUAACCUUCGCCAUGCGGUUGCCGACAAGUUCCCAAGUUUUCUUCACAGCGGCUUCGGUCCUGUCAGGUACGGCAACUAACUCUACUUGGGAUCUAAUAGGAUUUGAGCUAACGAUUGUAAAUGCAGCCGUACAAGCUGCUCCUGGCCCAACUCCCCUCGCCGCAGAAGUCGAUAAUCUAGUUACACGCGCCUUCUCAGAUUCCCCCAGCGGCGGGUAUGCUCCUGGGAGAGCGAGCUGCCCGUCCGGCCCAUUGGUCCGCAACGCGAAUGACAUCUCGUCUGGAGAGAAGGACUUCCUCAAGAAGCGACAGCCUAUAACGGAUAAAGCUUUAACCGACUUUCUCAAUCGUGCCUCGAUGGUGGAUUUUGAUGUGAAGGCGUUCAUGAGUAGCUAUUCGCCCACCAUCGGCAUCGCGUUUUCCGGGGGAGGUUACAGGGCGAUGUUGUCCGGUGGUGGACAAUUCAAAGCGAUGGACAGCCGAACUCCGGGCUCUACUGCCGUGGGAAACAUUGGUGGGCUGUUGCAGAGUGCGAAGUAUGUUGCGGGGUUGUCGGGCGGGAGUUGGUUGUUAGGAAGUGUGGUGAUUAACAACUUCACCACUAUCGACAGGUUACAAAAGGCAGGGAACGUGUGGGAUUUUGAGAACAGCAUUCUGGCUCCGGAAGGGGCACUGCAUAUUGUGGACACUACUCUCUACUACAACGACCUUAACCGGGAGGUGCAGGAUAAGGAGAAAGCUGGGUUUGAUGUCAGCUUGACAGACUAUUGGUCGCGUGCGAUUUCUCGCCAGUUUGUCAACUACACCGAUGGAGGACCGGGAGUAACUUACUCCUCGAUAGCGAAGUCGGAUCAGUACAAGAACGCUGAGAUGCCUUUUCCCAUCAUUGUUGCCGAUGGUAGGAAUCCUGGGGAGGAGAUUAUCUCCAGCAAUGCCACAGUCUACGAGUACAACCCAUUGGAGUUUGGAUCCUUUGAUCCUACUCUAUAUGCCUUUGCCCCCAUCGAGUAUAUAGGAUCAAACGUCACCAACGGUGUUCCGAAUGAGACUGGUGUAUGCGCUCGGGGCUUCGACAACGUUGGAUUUGUGAUGGGAACAUCUUCGUCCUUGUUCAACAUCUUGAUCACUCAGCUUGACUCCGUUGGCUUGACUGGUGUUCUGAAGAAGCUCGUUGAAACUACUCUGACCGCAAUCUCCGCUGCCGAUAACGAUAUCGCAGACUAUUCACCGAAUCCUUUCUUCGGUGUCAACCCCGGAAUCAACCCAUCCGCGAACACCACAGAUCUGACGCUUGUUGACGGUGGCCUGGAUGGCCAGAAUAUCCCCCUCCACCCACUCAUCCAACCGACCCGCAAGGUCGAUGUUAUUUUCGCAAUGGACAACUCUGCCGACACCGUCAGAAAGAACGGGGAGCUAUCCAACUGGCCCAAUGGCACAGCCAUCAUUGCCACAUACGAGCGUGCGAUCAAGGGAUCCCAAAACAACGGAACCCUUUUCCCUUCCGUCCCGGACGUCAAUACCUUCAUCAACCUUGGCCUCAACAACCGCCCAACAUUCUUCGGCUGCGACGCUAGAAACAUAACCUCGGACACGAACAAGUUCCCUCCGUUGGUAGUCUACAUCCCCAAUUCGCCCUACACCUUCAACUCCAAUGUCAGCACCAACGAGAUGACAUACUCAGCGUCUGAACGCGACCUAAUGAUUGAAAAUGGGUACAACAUCGUGACCCGCGGCAACUCCUCCUUCGACCAGAACUGGCCCGCCUGCGUCGGCUGCGCCAUCGUUCGCCGCGAGCAGGAGCGCAAGGGGGAGACGCAGACGGCGCAGUGCCAAAAGUGCUUCAAGGACUACUGCUGGGACGGAACGCGUAACAGCGCUGUACCGAACGAUUACAACCCCACGGCGCUCGUCUCGGCCAAGAGCGCAGCCGCAAAUGGAGCGAGGAGCUGGGGAACAGCUAUUAUUGCGUUGUUAUCUGGAUUGGUGAGUGCUGCGUUGCUUUUGUAAUGAACCAAUCCACAAACCACCUGUUCCUCUCUUUCUCCAGUCGACCAAUCCACCGACCUGUCUCCCUCUCCAUCUCUCUUUAUAUAUAUGUCUAUAUCUCCUUCUUGGAAUCUCCCGGAUCAUGGAGUUUGUCUGGGUUUUGUGGGAAAACAUCGUCCCGUCUAGUUUCUUUCUUUCCUUCUUGCAUUCGGAGUUUGUAUUUUGGAGCGGAGGAGAAGGGGAACCCUGGGUCAUUCAUGCAUAGUUUCAAUUCUUACUUUUAUUCAUCUUGGUAUAGUGAUCAUUGGCUGUCACGCCUUCGCUUUGUCUACCCUUCCUUACUCCCCCAAAACUUUUUCUUCUUCUUCCUUCUAGAAGGGCCUUUUUGUACAACUCCUUUAUUUCUUCUGUCCUUUUUUCCCCUAUAUUGUAUUUUAUUCCCUAUUACAUACCUUCCUUUGGCUCUUGUAUUUCUCGAUUUCUUGGGGAGAGAAUGCUUGCUUGUGGGGUUAACUGUAGAAGUUUUUGUUUUGUUUUGUUUUGUUUUCCCCUUGUUCAAUGCGCUAUCAUACCGUUAGCAGGGGAGGAAGAAGAGAUAGGACCGAAUUCUCAGGGGUCAAAUGCGUGUAUGUACCCGAGUACAGUACUUUGUAUCAUGGUCUACCGUACCGGUAAUCCAGUCGUCGUCGCUGCGAGUACUUGUGCAGUACAGUACUGUAUUAUCGUAGGUCAUCGCGCUUACCGUAACCCAUCCCACCUAGCCGCAUCCCCGAAAUUGACCUAUUGGUACUCAGUACCGUAA